CUCCGCCCCAAAUUUAUUUUAAAAAUUGAAAUUUCCUAACUCUUCAAAUGCAUUUUAAUCUAAUUUUAAUAUAUUAUAAUUUAUUUUAAAACGUAAACGAGUGUCUGUAGUUUUAAAGAAACCUUUCGAAACAAUUCGGAAACUUUCCGAAUCAUUUUAAAACACAUGCGCGUUCAACUUUCCCUUAUCACUUAUCACUGUCGAUGUCGAAUACCUGCGAAGCACCUGUUUUAUCGAUUGAAAAAGUAAUGUUUUCCCCGUUAAUUUUCGCGAUUACUUUGAAUUUCGAGAAUUUAAGUAUUUAAAAAAGUCAUAAAAGUACAACCUUUGGUCUUAUCUAGCAUCACGUUUCGAUUUUCUCAACUUAUAUUCCAUACAUUCUACUUAUCAGUAUUAGUCAGCGUAGCACAGUGUUUCGUUCCAAUUUUUCCGAAUACGUUGACUAAAGAGUAAUAUUUUGACGAACGAGGCUGUAAAAUGAUCCCAUAAUGUCGGAAUUUUAUUCGCAAAGUAAUUACAGAAUCGUUCAAGCGGAAUGAAUUAGCAUUGUUUACGAAUGGAAUUACGUUUAAGCAUGUACGGAAGAAUAUGUCACUGGGGACCAAUUGUGGCAAUUGCCAUCAUCAAGUUGAUAUCGUGGACGACGUUACAUUGCUCUACGUUAUGGUUACCGUUUAGCACUUCGAUUGCGGGAGUAAUCAAUGGUGUCUUCUUUUUCACAUUUGCCUUUUCUACCGUUUAUAAUUAUCUGUGUGCCAUUACCGUCGGACCAGGAGUUGUUCCUCUGGACUGGAGACCAGAGAAGAAAGAAAACGAACAAUGCUUGCAAUUUUGUGCUAUUUGCAACGGAUUUAAAGCUCCUAGAUCCCAUCAUUGUCGAAAAUGUGGCAGAUGUGUUAUGAAAAUGGAUCAUCAUUGUCCCUGGUUGAAUAACUGCGUUGGUCAUUUUAAUCACGGAUAUUUCAUCAUGUUUUUAUUGUGUGCUGUUUGUGGCUGCGUUCAAGCUACCAUUUUACUGUUGACUACUGUUUAUAAGUUUUUUAAUAGCGGUUUGUAUUACAUGCAUGGAUUAGCACCCCCUGUCAGAUUGACUACUACUAGUUUAAUCCUAUGUAUAUUUUCAUCUGGAAUGGCAAUAGGUGUUUUCAUUGCUCUUUCAUUUUUACUUUAUACGCAGAUGAAAUCUGUGUUACGUAAUCGUACUGGAAUAGAAGACUGGAUUUUAGAAAAAGCUGAAGAAAGGCGUAACGAAGAUCCAACGUUGGCACCAUUUAUUUAUCCUUAUAAUCUCGGUUGGUAUGAGAACCUUAAACAAGUCUUUUUCAAAGGCUGUUUACCGAAAGGUGACGGAAUUAGUUGGGACGUACGAAAGGACUGUUCGGAGUACGAUCUAACGAUCGAGCAAUUGAAGCAAAAAGAGCUGAAAAAAUUACGGAAGAAGCCAUUCAAAACUGUAGCUCCUUACAAUGGUGCCAUUUGCCCUUGGAAAAACGGUAUCUGCGCCUGUUUCCGAUUCCCAUGGUCGUUAGAUAGUCGCAUGGCGCUUAAUCCUGACGAUAUGGUCCUUGUCACUAGAUAUCACAAAUUUUGGUUAUUCGGUGAAAAAGUAAGCAGUUCACCAAUCAAAGCUAAAGGAUGGUUCCCUAGAUCAGCCGUUGUUCCUGUUACCGAGUAUCAGAAAUAUAGCAAGAAAACAUCUUAAUAUCGAAGUAUUCGUUAAAUCAACUCAAGGCUGUGGUGUUAAAUUAUGUAAUUUCAUUCCUGUGUGUUUUCGAGAGAGAAAAAAAAACCAGCAAUCCUAAUGGCUACGAUUUUUUGAGCCAUCAAUGGUGCCAUGUUGGAGAGUAAAUUCAUAACUUACCGAAGCGAACUGAAAAUGUCAAUUUGAAAGUUACUUAAUACUUGGUAAUUUCACGAAUAUGACUUUUUGAUCAUUUUAAAUUUUAAUGAAUCUCUCCAUCGUUUUAACGUUCCUUCUUGAUUAGUUUCUGAAAUUUUGUAACGAUUCGUACAUAAUUUGUGCUCUUUUGUUGCGAAAUUUCCAGAAAAUUGAUUUUAAUUAGCAAAAAUUAAGCCAUAAAAGUAUUGUUUUUAUUUCAACCUUACCCAAGUGCAAUCAACGUUAAAUCAUUCGAGUUGUGCGAUAAUCGUAUUUUUUUUGUAUGCGAUAAUUUAGUAUUAAAAAAUAACGUUGAAUUUUA